CAAUACUGGUGGGUGGUACCUAAGCACAAGCGCGCGCCCGACCCGGGUUCGAGAUCUGUCGACAGAGAAGAGCGCUCAACCUUCGAUUUCAAUCUCACGCCUGCGCAGUACGCCCUUUAAAAAAAAUAAUCUCCGGCUUUCUUUCAACUGUUGGCUAAGGCACAAGGCCGAACCCGGAAGCAGAGUUUUCUUUCUACUUGCAGUUUCCGAGGAAGAGGAGACGAGGCGAGGCGACUGUCUGUGGCAGCAGGAUGCUCAACGCUCCUUCUCAGGCUUUUCCUGCCCCAGGCUCCCAGCAGCGGGUGGCCCUGGGAGGGCGAAGCAAGGUACCUUUGAAACCAGGUCGAAGUCUUAUGGACUGGAUUCGAUUAACUAAAAGUGGGAAAGACCUAACUGGUCUAAAAGGAAGAUUGGUAGAGGUGACUGAAGAAGAGCUUUCCAAGCACAAUAAGAAGGAUGACUGCUGGAUAUGUAUAAGAGGUCUUGUAUAUAAUAUCACACCAUAUAUGGAAUAUCACCCUGGUGGCGAGGAUGAGUUAAUGAAAGCGGCAGGAGCUGAUGGCACAGAUCUUUUUGAUCAGGUUCAUCGCUGGGUUAAUUAUGAAUCUAUGCUAAAGGAGUGUAUGGUUGGAAGAAUGGCACUCAAACCUUUUGCUGCUUUGAAAGAGACUUGCCCCACUGUAUCUGAAGAAAACAGAAUCUUAAAUGGUUUGUCUUCUAAAAAUAAAGUAUUGGAUAACUGUUCCAAAGAAGUAGUUCCCAGCUACGAUUGGUUCCAGACAGAUGGUUCAGUCACCGUGGUCAUAUAUGCUAAACAAAAGGAUAUGGACUCUGAAUUGGUGAUAGCUGAUCUUCAACAAGGUAGACUGAGAGGAGAGCUAAUUGUGAAAGACUACUCGUAUCUUUUACAUCUUGAAUUGAGUUAUGCAGUUCAUGAGGAUAUGAUAGUACAGGUCUCUGAAAAAGUGGGAAAGGUGGAAUUUGUCCUGAAGAAGAAAGAAACUUUGUCUUGGAAAAAACUUGGGCAGCCAUUGGAGAGUCAUAACUCUUUUGUCAAACGCACAGAGAGAGGUCUGUUUUACAGAAAAUGCAGAUUGCUCUCAAAGACAAAUGUCAGUCAUGACACUAGACUCUUCUGUUUAAUGUUACCACCGGGAACUCAUCUCCAGAUUCCAGUUGGGCACCACCUUUACCUCAAACAAACAAUUACAGGCACAGAGAUAGUAAAGCCAUAUACACCAGUAUCAUCUUUCUUGGUAUCAACAUUCAAAACCACCUCCCAUGAUGAUAAGAUGCAUAUAUUUUUCAUGAUCAAAAUUUACCCAAGCGGACUAUUCACACCAGUACUUGACACCCUACAAAUAGGGCAACAUAUUUUUGUCAGUAAUCCCGAGGGUAACUUCAUGAAAUCACAAACUGAAGAUGUAGAGGAUCUAUUUUUAUUGGCAGGAGGCACAGGAUUCACACCAAUGAUUAAACUGCUCAAGUAUGCUUUGACCAGUAGCAAUAGUCUCAGGGCAGUGAAAUUUAUGUUCUUCAACAAAACAGAAGAUGACAUACUUUGGCGAAAUCAGCUGGAGCAGCUUGCCCGUAAUGAUUCAAGAUUUGACAUUCAAUUUGUUCUCUCGGAGCCAAAAAAAGGCUGGACAGGCAAACAAGGAAAAAUUUCUUUCUCUUUCCUUUCUCAAUUUGUAAAAAGAAGUAAAUAUGAUUCUAAGAUUCUUAUAUGUAUCUGUGGUCCAUUGUCUUUCACAGAGCAAGGAAUGGGGCUUCUGCAAGAUCUUGGGCACUCCUGUAAAGAAAUGCACUGCUUUACAGCCUAAAGAGACAACAUUAAGAUCAGUUUGCACACUUCAGAAACAUUUUUUUAAAUUCUGAGAAGAAAACUUUAUGCAUGACUACCUUGUUCUUUUUAAUGUGAUUACUUGAAUUUUUGUUAUAUUUGGGGGUUUACUUUUAUAUUCUGCUGUUUUGAAAUUGUAUUUAUUUUUGCUACUAUAUAAAACUUAGCUAGAAUAUUUUAGAGGUAAGUAAACUAACACGUGUGUAUCGAACAGAUACAAACUUUGUCCUCCAUCAGGUAAGACUUAGUAGCAUCCUUUGCACUGAUUACUUUGGUUACAUAAGCACUAGAGACCUUCUUUUAAAUUAUAACUUCAUUAUUUGUAAAAUGUCUUAGCAAUAUAGUAUGAAAUUUUGUUACCUGGUUAACUCAGGAAAACAAUCUGUUUCAUUACAAUCUUAUUGAUAUAAUGCUGAAGUAUUGUAAAUAUUGGGUGUGUUCUUAUAAUUUAUACAUAAAAUAUCAGUUUUAUAUACUAAAUUACUUUUUGUAUAAGACUAAUAAAAA